CUCUCAGGCCCGAGAGAGACGUGAAGGCGCGUCGCCAAGUUUCGAAUUCAAAUAUGACAAAACGGGUUUCGCUGGCUCUCGCGGACCGGCGCGCGCGCGGACUUCGACCGCUUGCAGCAGCUCAUACAUGCACGCAGACACAGCAGUCAACGCAUUAUUUGUCUUGAUUGUCAUUGCCGGCGUCGCCCUGCUCGCCUACUUUCGCGUGCCCCUCGGCGGCUGCGGCGCAUCCUCGGCCCUCGACGACUUCGCGCCGAAGCGCAAGCCGAAGCGCAAGAAACAUGCCUAACCCACUCGACGACCUGUCGCCGGCGGCGCAGCAGCGCCGGCAAAAGACGCGCGCGCGCAUGGAGAAGGCCGGCGCCUUUUUGCUCGCGCCGGGCCUUGUCAGGGCGCCGAAGAAGAAGAAAAGGAGGAGGAGGAAGAAGACAACCAAGGAGUCGCACUCCGCCAAGCCGCCGAGGAAGGCCUCGUCGUCGCCGCGCGGCGCUCGGAAACGUAAACCCGAGAAAAAACCGGCGGGCGACGACAAGAAGAAGAAGGACACAAGCAUCCCACUGGCGUUCGAGGAGGAGGCGGACGGAGGCGCCGACGAAAUGGUGGCGACGGCCGAGCUCGAGCCCUGGGCCCGCAUCGGCACGCUGCGCAUCGCGUGUCAAGUCCUCGAAAAGGACGGCGACGACUUGAGCUGGCAGUUCGAGCUCGCCGACCUCUGGUUCCGGUAGUGACACGGUGUCCACCAUCAUCAUCAUUGAGAUUGAAUCACUAACAUAGGCAUGUCGAGGCCAAGGGCGUUUGGAAAGAGGCCGUUCAGUACGAGGACCUCGUCGACGACGACCCCGCGCUCACCAGCUGGGAGUUGAAGAAGAAGGACCUCAACGUCUUCCGCUUCGGCCGCGGCGGCCGGGGCCCGAUCGACGCCCUGCGGAAACGGAUACGAAGUUGGGCGCACAAGAGGCGCGACUGGACGCCGUCGCCUUUGUUGUUUCUGGCGUACGUGCGGCGGCACGCGCUCUACCUCGGGGAGGACGAGGGCUGGGCGCUCGAGCCGGAGCCGCUCGUCGGCGCGCUCAAACCCGCCGCGGGCGACGACGCCUGCGUGGUCGUGCGUCCGGUCGAGAAAGGAAACCGCAUCGGCAUCUUCAUCCAACGGGGCGGCGCGGCGAAGCGCCAGCCGGUGCGGCGGGACUUUGGCGACAUGAGCUGGUGCGACCUCGCGCUGCGGCACGGCGUCUGCCGCGACCGGGUGCACCCGCGCGACGUUUGUUGUGUGGACGAAGACCGGGUCGCGAGCCUACUCAAAAUCGGCGACGAUGCCGGGCGAAUCACGUUCUAUGCCGAGGCGCCCGGCCCGCAAUUCCCGUUUUGCACGACGCUCGCCGACGGCGAGGCCGCGUACUGCUGCCGCCUCGCGGCGUGCCGCGCUUUGAAUAUCCCGGGCGACGUCGCUUGUGCGAAGGCCCCUUUACCACAAGAGUACGUUGCCAAUGGUGGCAUUGACGAGGCCCUCCUACAAAGUUACGAAGAAGCCGAGACGCACGGCACCGCCGGGUUCUGCGGCUUUAUAGCCCUGAAAGUCGCACGCUACUGCGAGCGCAUCGAGGCGCACCCGACCUGCGCGGACCUGUAUGAUCGGGUGAUCGACGUCUGCGAUCGCGUCCAGGCGGACUGCGACGGCGACCCCACGCCCGAGGAAGAAAAGGAGUCCGAGCUCAUGACGCCCAGUGACCUGCUCGCGCUGAACGACGACUGGGAGCUGACGAAUCCACGGGCCUUACUGCGCGCGCUGCGCCUCGACGAAGAGACGCACAAGCAGGCGAUGCGGGGGUUAAGACUGCCCGCGCACGCGGCGAUCGCGAAAAGGUCAAAGGUGCUGACGGCUUCGCAAUGUGCGGCGCUGCGCGCCGUCGCGGAGGCGCGGGCCUCGUCAAAGCGGGACACGGUCGACGGCCUGCCGGACCGCCAGGUCAAUUUGGACGUCGCGGAGCUCGAGUCCAUCAUCGGCGCGGCGGCGCGGGACAAGCUCUGGCGGACCAUCGGGCGGCACUACAAGUACGACGUCGAGUGCUUCCUGCGCGCCUACGCGCCGGGCACGCAACGAACGGACAUUCCCUUUCACUGCGACGCGGCGCACGUCACGGCGAACGUCGCACUCUGCGACGACGGCGAGCUCUACGCGGUGGCGGGAGGCCAGCUCGUGCGCAUCCGCCGAAAAGAGGGCGACGUCACCUUGCAUGAUUCGAGCCUCUUGCAUGCUGUGCGAGCCGUGGACAAGCCGCGGCAUUCUCUGAUUCUGUUCUUUCGCGAGAAGGCGGCUUUUGAGCGGCCGGAGGACUUUUAUUCUUCGUGCGAGUCCAGCGAAGCUGAAAGGUCCGACGGCGAAAAAGAAAAGAAGGCACGACCCAAGGCACUACCGCCACCAGCACCAGAAAAAACAGGACCGCGGGGAGGCCUGCCGUCCGACGCCGCGCUCGAGGCCAUGACGGGGACGCAGCUGCGAAAGCUCAUGGCGCGGCGCGGCGUGGGCCGCGGCCCGCAGGACCGCAAGGAGGACUUUAUCGACAAGCUCAAGGCCCACGCCGCCGGCGAGACCUACGUCAACAAGCCGAACCCGUACAAGCGCGCUCCGGUGCGAAAGCGGGCGCGCGCGCCGCCGCGGCGAAAGGCGCCCGUCAAAAACACCGGCGGCCUGCGCCUCGGCAGUCGAGUCUGGGCGUUUGGCAAACGCGGGACGAUUACGGAGCUCCCGGGCGACAACGGCUGGUGGCGGGUGCAGCUCGACGGCGAGAACGGGACGCGCGGCGCGCGCAUCGGGAGCAUGCGGGCUCUCGGUGGAGCGGCCGUGCCGCCGCCGCCGCCGUCGUCGUCCCCAGCGCCGCCAAAGGUGGAAGAGAAGACGACGGUGACGUGGGGAAAGAUCGAAGACGUUCCUUGGGGCCACUAGUGGCUUUUGGUAAGUUCGAGGUGUACUAAGACUGCAAUAACACAAGUCUCUUAAUCUAAAACAAACCCAUGCCACUCGCUGAG